AUGAAAGUAAUCUCUCGUCUUUCAAUAUCAAAUGGUCUAUUAGAAUUUCAACGUCGUCCAGCGCGAGAUGAUAUUCAAUUAGUUAUUGAUUUGAAUUCAUUAGAAAUGUCUGGAAUUGAUUCAGAAUUAAAUAAUAAUGAAAAUGAAUUGAACUUAUCUCGUCCUAUUUUAAUUCAAUCAUUUAAUCAAACAAAUAAUCUUCUUCAUAUUGAAUUUGAAACAAAUCCAUUAAAUAGUAAAUCUGAUUAUCGUAUUCAAGCUAAAUCGCAGCCAUUACAAAUUAAUUAUCAUGCAAUGACGAUUAAUACAUUAAUUGAAUGUUUUUUACCGGAUAGACAUCAUGAUUUAGAAGGAAUAAAAGAAGCAGCUUAUUCAAUCUAUACAGAUAUAAAACAUCGCACACAAUUUUUAGUUAGUGAAAAUCUUAAAAAAAUAAAAGAUUUAGAUAUUGAUAUUGAUUUACAAUCUAUUUAUUUCAUUGUACCAGAAUCUGGAUUUUAUCAAUCAUCUUCAUCAGUUAUUUGUUUGGAUUUAGGUCAUCUUACGUUUAAAAAUGGUGAAAAAAAUAUUCAAAAUUCUGAAAAAGAUGUUUUUUAUGAUGCUAAAAGUGAUCAAGAUGAUUUAAUUUAUGUUCCUUUAAAAAUUCAAUUAGAAAAUGUUCAAUUACUUUAUCUUACACAAAAUGAAAAUUGGAUUGAUGUACGUUUACAAGAAGAUUCACCAUCACAUUUAAUUAAACCAAUUACAUUAACAUUAGAUCUGGAAAAAUUAAUUCACAUCGAAAAUAAUAAAUUACCUAUUUGGAAAGCAAAUGGAGAAAUUCAUUUAAUUGAAUCGAAUAUAUCCGAUAGACGUUUAAUUGGAUGUUUUAAUUUAAUUGAAUCAAUACCAUUUCCUCAAUCAACUGAAAAAAGUGAUCAAGAUCAAUAUAAAAAAUCUUUAUCAAAAAAUAAAAAACAUCAAACAACAACAAAACAACAUUAUGAUCAAAUUGAAUCGAUGACACCUAUAAAAAAAAUUCUUCUUGAACAAGAACAAGAACAAGAUCAACAAAAACAAAUUGAAAUUAAAUCAGGAGAACAAACAAUACAACUUUCAAUUGAUUUUCAAAUUCGAAAAGUAUAUUUACUUUGA